ACCCCCUCGGAAGUAAUAACGUCAGGAAAUGAUCAAAAGAUUAUACCCCUAAUAACUGGGGCAAAGGGAAGAUGAGGUUGACGGAGCUGCGCCUUAAGUAAAUAAGUGAAAAAAAUUCGGAAACCAAUCCAGGUUGUACAAGGUAUAUAGGACCAGGUAUUGUCAUUUGCGUAUUUGAGCACAAGCGCUUAUGAGAUUUUCGGCUAUUUAAAGCAUACUCGAAAAGGAUCGUUUGUACCACUGACGAAAAUGUUCGCGCUCAUCUCUGCCUUAUAUAGAACCUACGAGUGGUGAUAGCUGUUCAAGACGGAUAAAACGCUUUUAGUGGAAAUUGGGUUAGGUCUGUCCAUGUGGAAAACUUUUCAGUCCAAUCUUUUAGAGAGAUAUAUGUCACUGUGGCAGAGAUACAUCUUUUCUGAGUUGUAACGUUGAGCAAACUCCCGAAUACUCAACAGUCAGAACAUUAUACACCUAAUUACACUUGCUAACCGUCGGAGUUCGGUUGAGGCAAAGGCACCCAGCGUUGACUUCUCUAGAAAUAUCAGAACAUUAUUAUGAUCGGGAGUUGCGCUUGGAAAACACAAUAACUCCUCCCCCAUUCCAAAAUUACGUUCGCCCCAGUGAGUCAGCGCCUUUCACUAGGAUAAUCAAAAGUGCGUCUUGUUGUUAGUGUUGACAGUCACUGCGUUAACAUCGCUCAAGACGCGCACACGGCGGAGUUUUUAGUAAACCGCAGCUUUUUCACUACACGGACCUGUCGGGAAAAGAUAAAACGCACAGGAACUUGGAACGCACUCAAACAGUAGUCUUUGCCGCAUGCAAUAAGCGUCCGCUCACUAGCUUGGCUAAUAUAUAACAACAACCCGACGUAAAGUUGAACCAACAAAUUUCAGUAAAGACUAACGCUGCUAGUCUAUGUAAAUCACACCAAGACGUGUACUUUUAUUAAAGCAAGUGGAAGUCACUUACGAGACUUGAGAAAUUCCACACGCACUAUUGUCACAGUAAUAUAAUUUGUCACCCUAUUUCGAAAGUUAAAAACCUGCUGCAGUAGUCAUGUCACAGUCAAACACACCAGGGUCCCGACCUAACAGCAUGAGCGCCAGCAGUAGUCGCUGGAUCAUCAACGUACAGAAACAGUUCGAUUUAGUGGCUGACAAAGAUGGGGAGGUGACACUUGAGGGAUUCAAGAAGGCGCUUGCACUGAAGGAGGACUUCUUUGCUGCCCGCCUGUUCCACAUAUUAGACAAAGAUAAAACCGGGGGGCUAAAUGUCCACGAGUGGGUGGUGGGCUUGUCUUUGUUUCACCACGGCACCUAUGAGGAGAAACUGAAACUACUGUUCCAGGCAUACGAUGUACAAGAUUUGGGGUAUCUGGACUUUAGCGCUGUAAGGAACGUGAUAAAGUCCUGUGUCAAAGAAAGUCGACUAACUAUCUCAGAGGAGACUAUAGACGACUUAGUCGUCUCAAUCAUAGACGAAGCAGACAAGGAUUUGGACGGUCGAAUCAACUUCGAAGAGCUUUCUAACGUACUGAAGUCGUAUCCGGGAGUCAUUGAAAAUUUGACGGUCAGUUCAGUAAGCUGGCUGCAGUCCGACUCCUCAGACUUCGUCCCAGAUGUCCAGCCUCCUUGUCCUUGUUGUCCACAGUUUGACCGUGAAUACGCUCAGAACCGCAUUCCGGACAUCAUCUUCGUCACCUUGUACUUUAUCAUCAAUAUCGUCAUACUGACACACCGGUCUCUGGAGUAUUACUUCUUUGACGUGAACCAGGGACCCGUGACAGGGUUCGACAUUGUGGCACGUGCUUGUGGACAGGCACUGAACUUUAAUUGUUCGCUCGUUGUGGCUUUGAUGCUUCGAGUGACCUUGACCUUACUAAGAGCCACGUGGAUUGGAAACUGGUUGCCUAUAGAUAAACAUAUAAAAUAUCACAAAUAUGUGGCGGUGGUUAUCGUCAUAUUGAGUACGAUACAUACGUUUGCCCAUAUUGGGAAUUUCGCUAUGAUCUCGCCAUCCUUGAACAUCACUCUUGCCGAAGCUCUUUUUACAACAGCGGCAGGGAUUGGUUGGGUUGGUCAGUCCGCGAGCAUCACUGGUUGGUUAUUGGUGAUAAUUCUUAUCGUACUUGUGAUUGGUGCCCUGCCUUGUGUUCGACGUUCGGGACAUUUUGAGGUCUUCUUUUUCACUCAUUUCCUCUACGCACCAUGGCUGUUAUUAGUUUUCCUUCAUGGCUCUCGUUUCUGGAUGUGGUUCAUCGCCCCGUGCACCAUUUUCAUCUGCGAGAAGAUUUACAGCUCCAGGUGGCUAAAGAGACUUUACCAGGGACAGACGCACGUGAAGGAAGGAGUGCUUCUGGCAUCAAGGGUUACACAUUUAGUAAUCAACCGACCUUCUAACUUCGACUACGGACCUGGAGACUAUCUCUUUAUCAAUAUACCGAAGAUUGCCAAGUUUGAAUGGCAUCCUUUCACCAUUAGCAGUGCGCCAGAACAAUCUGAAUACAUAUGGCUGCACAUUCGCGGCGUGGGGCAAUGGACCAACAAGCUUUACGACUUCUUCGACGAGAAGCGGAAACGUUGGAGCCGAGCGCUGUCCUCCAAGGGCAAGAGCAUGAAGGGGAGGGCGGGGCGUAGGCUGUCAAUCAUCACGCCAAGUCUCCUGCACCAGGCAGAGGACAAUUCCGGUCGUUCUCCCAACGGGAAGGCCAAUGGCCAAAAGCUCCUCAACAGGUUUUCAGAUAUUCUUGAAGCAGACGAAGAGGAGAAACGGAACAGCUUACAGGUACCAACGGAGGGCGAGGACGUGUGUCAGAGCGAUGAAGACGUUUAUGAGGAGUGUGAUGAUACGAAACACGAUCACCCUUACGAGAAUACUUCGUUCCAAGCGGACGAAAGCGAAGUUAAGAUUGAAAUCCCAAACGUCGAUGAGAGCAAAAAAGAUCCGUCACUGAAGCCAACGCCAGCCAAGAGAAACAAGCUGCAGGUUCCAGGAGAAGAUGGGGGGUUGGGUGCCGAGGAAAAUGUGAUUAAGAGGCGAAAGACGGUUUUGCAACGCCGCUUGACCAAAUGGGGGCGAGAGUCGCAUGGUCAGAACUUUGGCCAUUUGACCAACGCGCCGUUUGUGUACAAAGUUGAGCCUGAUAACGAGGAGGCACCGCAAGAGGAGUCGCUAGAGGUGUACCUUGACGGCCCUUACGGUUCUCCCUCGGCUCACAUCUUCUCCGCUGAACACGCAGUACUGAUAGCCAGUGGUAUUGGGGUGACACCGUUCGCCAGUAUACUGCAGAGUAUUAUGCUGCGCUACAAAAUAGCCAGACACGUGUGCCCAAGGUGUAACCACGGCUGGACCGACAAACGGCCGAUUACCUUGAAAAAUCUCAAAAAGGUUGAUUUCUUCUGGAUAUCCCGAGAUCAAAAAGCGUUUGAGUGGUUCGUCAGUCUUAUGAGUCAGUUAGAGAUAGAACAGCAAGAGGAGGGCAGUGGGCUGGAACACUUCCUGGACAUGAAUGUUUAUCUGACAGCAGCUGUAAAGAAAAACGACCUGAAGGGCGUUCUUCUGCAGAUGGCGCUGGACCUCGUGCACAGCAAAGAAGCACGUGACAAGAUCACGGGACUGAGGACACGAACACAGGCGGGAAGACCCGACUGGGAUCAGGUUUUCUCAGAGAUAAAGAGAACAAAGCACGGGAAAGUGACCGUCUUCUUCUGUGGGAAUCCAGCUCUGGCAGGAACGCUGAGGGCCAAAUGUCGACAAUUCGGCUUCAACUUCCGGAAGGAGAAUUUUUAGAUUUUUAUUGCCCAUUGCAAUACGAUGAAUCACACUGUUCAAAACGUGUGAUAAAACAAUGGUUGAAAUCGCCUCUCGUUGAGCGUGGGAAAUAUUUAAAAACAGAUGAGUCUGUGCAUUGACGCUUUGUAAAUACUGUUCUUACACAACCAAUUGUUGAAUGCCAGUUAUAAACUUUUAUCUAAAUUUUAAUAUAUUUUAUCCGGUUUUUGUUACAAACAAUGUCUUCCUUUAAAAAAACUGAUGUUAAUAUACUUAUUUUUAAUAGCUUUCAUACCACCAAGAUAACAGUUUAAGUUCCAUUUUAAAUGGGCAUUUGCAUGUUAGAUGGUUUAAAUCAUGUUGAUUGUUUUAAUAUGACCACAAAACACAAUAUUUAAUUCUUUUAAACCCCACAUUUGUAUAUACAUUUACUGGGAAAGCAGCUGAUGAAUUAUAUUUACAAACUGUGUUAUUCAAACUCUUGUUGAUUGUAUGGCCAGUAUUUUCUUCCAUUCAAUUCAAAUGUCUGCUUAUAUAUUUAUCCUAUUUUUUCAGCCAGCCUUGCUUUCAUACAUUUUAUUCAGUACCUUUUGACCGAUUCUGUAUCUCACACUGGCAACAUGCCUAAUCACUGGAUUAAAAAACACCCCAGUUACAAGUAUAAUGUGGAGCUGGGAAAUUCUCCAAUAACAUGCUGACAGAGAGCGAAUAUUCACCAGAUGAGAUUUAAAACUCUAGGUGGAAAAGAAGAGAAGAAACAUAUGAUAAGAAAAAGCAUGUAUGAAGAAAAGACACAAAUACCUGAUGGUAACAGCUAUGUUAUUUUAUUGCAUGUUUGAGUACAUAAUCCCACAUGGGCAGUUGCAGCUUUGUAUUAUAAACAAUAUUUUAAACAAUAUCCCGCCUAUUGCCUAUUUUUAUAAUAUAAAAAUCUCCUUACUAAACUGGAGAAUACAUAAUUUUGAAAACAAUAUCAACUGUUUCAUUGCUUCCAACUUGAUGUGCAAUUGACGUGCAAGUACUUUUCAUCAAAUUUUUUCUAUAAUUUUAUACGCAAUUAAAAUAUACAAAUAAAAUUUGACAGCAGUACUCACUUGACUGUUUUGUUAAUACAUUGUUUCACAUUUUAUAAAAUGCUUGGAAUAAAUUUACUAUUAAAAACA